UAUUCAAAUUCCAAAUGUACAAUUUGCAUAAUACGUGUAUCGAUCGAACCGAUUACAUUUUAUCGAAGACAUCCAAACAGUGCAACGUUUGAACGUGACCACAGACCGAAAUACCUUACAUAACAAUCAUCAUUACCUGCUAAAUAUGCAGGCAUGUCGGUUAACAUUCAAUAUCUGAGCGUUAAAUUCAAGUCUGGGAAACAUUCCAUGUGCAGUGAAUCUUAUCUAAUAUUGCCUAUCUUUGCAAUAAAAUGCCUGCAUGGUAGACCAUAGAGCAGUGACUUAAAUACUCGCGCGAUCACGACGUGCGUUUGAGUUUCGUUGUUCGACUAUCGUCUAUUGUAUUUCGUUAUAAUAAUUAAUCAUGACACGAAAUUCGUUAUAAGGCGCAUAGCGUGUAGGGCUCCCGCGAUAAACUGAACGGUAAAAACUUAAAUAAUAAUAACACCGUCGCCACGACUGCCAUUCGUUUUUAGACAGUUUUCUCAGACUUUGGCUUAGUGGAUUUUUGGUCUGCUCGCUUGUGCAUGUGUGCUGCCACCAGCUCCUUACAUAGUAGGGUUUUCUUCUUCGAACGCGUAUGCGAUGGUCAACCGAAGAACUCUCGGCACAGCUAAGACGACGUUUUGUUCGACAUCCAUCAUGGUCGCUUCUGUGGCGAUACUCUGGCUGGCGGCCACUGGAUAUGCUCAAAAAGCAGUAUCGUCCCCUUGCAGCAACAACAACGCCGGUUGUCAGCACAUGUGUAGUGAGUCCAAAGAUAUUUACGAUGUGUUACAGUACAAAUGCGCCUGUAACAAGGGAUAUUUACUUGCGGAAGACAAGCACAACUGCGUUUUAAUCGACGAAAUUUUGUUGUAUUCGCAAGAACAUUCAAUCAAAAGUAAAGUCUUAAACAAUGUUUCCGGGAAGUAUAAUGAAUCUAUACGGCCAGUGCUAACUAGUUCUAUGAGGUACGUGCGUUUCGAUUUCGAUGCUCAUGACAACUACAUUUAUUAUACGGAAGUUCCUGAGGCAAGCGUUAUCUAUAAGAUACACAUAAACGGGAAUAAGGGUGAAGAAACUGUAUUAUCUCGCUUUGAGCGCGAGAGAGUGGUUGAUCUUUCCGUCGAUUGGGUGACAAAAAACCUAUACUAUAUUGAUACCAAUAAAGGUACAUUGAACGUGUUAAGCACCCGCAACGUGACCAACAAAAGA